AUGUCGCAGGGCAAGAAGCACGUGUUGGGAUUCUCUCCCAAUGGAGGGAAACUGUUUGCCUUGGUGGAUGAAAACGGCAUCCUGCGAAUAUGGGACACAGAGGCUAACAAACUAAAACAGGAGUUUACGCCGAAUUUGUACGAGUUAUCCGGCUCUGCACCGCGCGCUCCACAUGGGUAACCAGUGGCGGCAGCGCGUCCCAAGAAGACGCGCAAGUCUCAGGGUGGAGCUAAUGCUGGCGACACACUUUACUUGGCACUGGGUACAAUGAAAGGCAUGGUUGUCCUGUAUUCUUUGGCAGAGGGAAAGAUUGAGCGUACACUGCGGGACGAUAGUCAUGAUGGCCCAGUUACUGCUAUAACGUAUGAUAAUGAUGGCCAUUUAUAUACAGUGGGUGCAGAUGGUCGAGCGUUGAUCUGGUCGCUAGCGGAGGAGCGUUGCACUGGCGAGUGGUCAGUGGGACCAGAGAAGCCUCUAAACAUAGUGUAUCUGCCCAAAUGCCGUGCACUAGCGGUAGCAUCGCGACAACUAAAGAUCUACGAUGUUGACACAAAGGAGUUGGUAGAAACCUGCACAGGUCACUCCGGUGAAGUUAAUGCCAUCAGCAGCUUCACUGGCAAAAAUGCUGCGGAAUAUGUAAUAACCACGGCACGCAUGGAGCGUGUAAUUUCCUUCUGGAAAAUUGAGAAAAAAGGCAGAAACAAGGCGUCUACUUGCACGCUACUUAUGGAGGAUGUGGCACACAAUCUGGCAUGCGAAGUACGCGAGGAUGGGCAAUUGCGCGUGGCCAGUGUGACACGCAAUGGCAAUAUACACAUAUACCUGCUCAAUGUGGAUAGUCUAUCCGCUGAGAAGUACAUCAAGCCAAAGGUAUCGCUACAAAUCGCUUCAGAUGGUGCCGACACCGUAGAGCCCAUACAUGCUAUGGCUGCGCACUUUGUAGCAGAUGCACAACAUUCAGACGAAAUACUCUUUGGCUAUGGCAAUCGACAACUGCUGCAGUUCGAAAGAUACACACCAAACUAUGCUGAAAAGUUAAAUGUUAUUGUGCGUACCGAUCCGAAGAAAUUGUACACCAAGAAGCAGCGUCAGGAAAAGAAUAUUGAAACCGCUUCUAAGACACAAACGCCCAUUGUUAAAAUUAAAGAUGUGGAGUACAACAGUGCAUUACCCAAAUCGAAGAAGAAAAUGCAGAAUGAGGUGCCAAUGGAGGCGCGUCUGCAGAGUCUAACAAUACAGGCAACAAAGCUGAGUGGCGGCAAGUUACAGAGUGAAAGCAAAACGCAGCUCUUGAUGCAGGCACUGCAAAGUCAAGACAAAGCUAUGUUGAAAGCUGUGCUUAAAACUAAAGAUCCUAAAACCAUACAACUAACAUUGGAUCGCUUACCAUUGGAGUACAUCAGUCAUCUGGUUAAUGAAUUGUCGGUGUUGCUGCAAAGCAAGCCAUCAGAUGUGCUCUGUGCUCUGCGCUGGCUGCAAACAUUGGCCACAACGCAUACAAGUGUCUUAAUGUCCGAGGAUAAGGAUGAACUACGCGAUAAGCUGGGCAUCUGCCUGGGCAUAGCCGAGCAGCGUUUGCAUUGCCUAGCGGAAACUUUGCAAGUUUCUGGACGGGUUAACUUAAUUAUAAAUCAAAUGAAACGUAAUUCCGAAAAUCACCUCAACGAGGACAACGUUCUAAUUGUGGAGGAACCAGAAGAUGCCGAUCUGUUGGAUGAAAACAAUUGGAGCGAUCUGGAGGAUGAAGCUGUCAAGCAGCAAGCAGAUGAUGAUGAGUUAGACAUUGAUGAUGACUUGGCAGAAGAUGAGGACUUAAUUAUGACGCAAGAUUCUGCGGACGAAGAUGAGGAAAAUGAAAAUGGUGAUGGUCUGGGUGAUGACGAUGAGCCUAUGAAAUCAGAUAGUGAUGAAUCCAGCGAUUGAACAAACAUUAAGCCCAUCGGCUCUCUGACUAUCGCCUGCCCAGUAGUAAAAGUAAAAAAACUACAAUAUUUUGUUUUUGUUUUUGCAAAUACAAUUGUGUGCUUUAAAUUUCAUGCGAUUUUUACUGCGUAUAACUGCGUAUAUAAACUACAUCCAAACAACAACAUACAUAUAGCAUAAUAUGUAAUAAUAAUUACUACCAAUAGUGAGAAUUUUGUUUUCCGUUUUUUUUUUGUCAACUUGUAAACAAAUGCGUAACGUAUUGAUUUCCAAUAUUGCAUGCAAAUAUACUUAAUAAUUGUAUACGAAUAGUAUGUAUAUUCAAAUUUAGUGCCAGGAACAGAUAAUCUUUUUUGUAAUUCGAGAGUAUGCAUAAGUAUAAGUAAGCGCAGUUUGCCGAAAGAAAAUUAUUCGUAUUGAGCCAGCAGUUUACUUCCAAUUUGCUUUAA